CGGCCGCGUUCAUUCAUAGCCGCCGCCCUCCGCGCGCCGCCCGCCCUUUCCCACGCCGCGCGCUGCAAAUAGUAACCGCCCAGCGUGGGCCGCGUCGUUCCGCUCGUAACUCCGCUUAGUCACCACGCUCGGAAAUCUAUCACGAGACGCCGCGGAGUACGCUCGCCUCGCCGCUUACUAUGCGGGAGAUCGCGACAUGUCCCUCCCGCCCCAACUGCCGACCUAUUCUAACAGUGAUAAAGAAUAUGUGCACAUACGAUGCCUCAUCGCGAACAUUCACAAGCCGAGGAACGUGUCGCGGCCGCCGUCGGCGUCCAUCGACAAGGGUGCACCGUUGGAGGUGGUCCGGGAGUCGCCGACUUCUUCGGACACGGAACGGAGUGGUUCGAUUUCGGAUAGAUCGGACGAUCGACUAUCUCUAGAUGAGCUUGCGCCAACGCAGCGGGCGAAGAGUAACAGCUUCGCGGGGUCGAUGUUGACGCCUCCUCCUUUGCACCAGAAGAAGCGGCGGCCGUCGUUCCUGCACAUCGGCGGAGCGGCGGCGCCGGGCCCCAUGUCGGCGGGCCCGCACUUCACCGUGCCCAAGUUCACGCUGACGGCGCCCCCGGGGGAGCAGCACCGGCGCCUCAGCCAUGGCUUCGCAGCCUUCCAUGGAUUCGCCCUCCGUCGACAUUCUAAUACGGUCUGCGCAAGGAUGAUUUGCAAGUGUGAACGCGUUUUCGUUUUAUUCUACCUCAACAGUAGUGAGUGUGUGUUAAUUAAUAACAGCAUGUCGGAAGAUAAUUUAAAAAAUUGCUUCUAACUUUGUGUCGUGAAAGCAUGUCGAUUCUUUCAUAUUUAAAAAGAUAUUAAUACAAGGUUCCUUACAAACAGGGCCAUUAGUGCAACUUAAUGUUUGGAAUAGAUUAUUUGAACACAGGCACGUAGGCAAGGUAAUUAAUCAAAUUAUCCACUUAAUUUUGUAG